AUGGCACGCGCGAGACAGAGUAGUCAUCAGGAGCAGGGGAGGAAAUUACACGAGGCGCUGGGUCUGGCUAUUGAGGACAUUAUCGAGCGGUGGUGGACGGAUGAGGAAGCGCGGUUUCCACAGCGGAUGCCGCUGGAGCCCCAGGAAGAAGACCUUUUGCGCUGGAUGGACCAAAACAAGGCCUUGAUCCGCCCGUACAAAGAAUGCCAAGGGUCCUGGCGACCAGACUUUCUCUUGGAAGAGGAUGACCCAAGUAAGAUGGAGAGCUUCCGUGUGUGCGAGAUCAACGGUCGAUUCUGCUGGAAUGGCUAUGUGCAGACGGCCUUUGCCCAAGAGGGAGUGUCCGUCUUCAAUCUUGACAAAAAGGGAUUGCAGCACGGAGCCGAGCCGGAAGAGAUUCUAGGUGGAUUGCUUGGGCUGUUCAACCAUAAUCUUCCACUGCAUCUGCUGAAAGAGGAGGAACGUGGGAUGGAUAUCCACAUGUUUGUGACUUUUAUAGAGGAGCGUCUCGGUAUCAGACCACGGCUUAUCACUUCCAAAGAGUUGCGAUUGAUCCCUGAUGGAGAGAGCAAGACGGGCUAUAAACUGUGCUAUCUGGCGAGCCCACAGACGCCGGCUGAGCGCAUAUUUACCCUUGCUUCUGGCGAGGUGGCCGAGGAGAUCCAUCAGGUCGGCCUGGGACUCCACCAGUGCCAAUUCCGUGCCCUCUCACCAGAGAUGAUGAAGGAGCUUAGCGAGUUGAGUAUGCUGGUAUCCAGAAAGGUCCUCUCCUCGGAACAAGCCACAAGGCUCGAAAACGGCAUAACUCCCACCAUCCUGCCCGGUUCAGUCGAGCUAGAGGACUUGAUUAGCCGCUCACAGCUCAAGGAUGGCUACAUUCUCAAACCCAUUCGUAGUGGAAAGGGGGCAGGGAUCCUAUUUGGAGAUCAGUUGAGCCACGCAGACUGGCAGGAAAAGUUGGAGCAGCUGAAAUGCCCGCAGCUCAAGCCGAGAAAGACGGUGUAUGUCGUCCAACGCCGAAUCAAUCAAUUAUACUAUGAUAUCACCAUUGGACUGACCGGCAAGCCAACUGCCUGCCACAUGGUUGGGACUUAUCAUGCAGUCAACGGGCAAUUCCUGGGGCUGGGAGGCUGGAGAUGCAGUCCUGGGAGGCUUUGUGCAGUGGCUGAUGGUGCCACUUGGACAUGUUCUGUUGUGCAAUCAAACUAA